UUUUAUUUAAAGAGUGAAUGAGGAGAGCGCAGUUUUUCAGCUGAGGAUACUGUCUGACUCAAAUAUGUCUCACACUGUGACUCUCACCGGUCCCUCGCCGUGGGGGUUUCGUCUGGUGGGCGGACGGGACUUCAGCGCACCGCUCACCAUUUCAAGAAUAACACCUGCGAGUAAAGCAGCGCUGGCCGAUUUGUGCCCUGGAGACACCAUCCUAGCCAUCAAUGGAGAAAGUACAGAGACCAUGACACACAUGGAGGCUCAGAACCGCAUUAAAGCCUGCACAGAUCAGCUCGUGUUGGCCAUCAGCAGGUAA